UCAAAAGUUUCCUUAGAAUAUCAAUACGCUAUGCAUCUACUCUCUCUGUCUCUAAAAGUUCUUUCUAGUUUAAUGGUGCGUGUCUCACAAAAAAAGAGUGGAGGGAGAUGAUAAGAAGAAAGAAACAAAGACUGCAAAUGAAGCAUAGCCAAAUGAAUUAUAAAUGAAGUACAAUGAUCCAAAUAGAAAUAUACUAAUGUAAUUUUCCUCCACUCCGGCACAUUUACUUCCUCUGUAACACAAUACAUGCAUUGUUUGGACCUCUAACACUAUUCGUUUUUAGCUUUGACUAUAUUUUUUUUUUUCUGAUAUAGUAAAUUAUAAAUCAAUGUGUGAAAUGUUGUGUGAAUAAUUUCGAUGUAUACUAGCAAAAGUUUUUUUUUCUUUUUUUAACCUUUUAUUCAAUCAAUCAAAGCCUUAACCCUUUAUUAAAUUUCAUAUUAAAAAUAUUUUGUUAGGCAAACGUAAAAGUCAAAAUGAUACGUUCAAUGUGAAACGGAGAAAACAUAAACAUAUAGAUUUUGACAACUACCCCACAAUUACAAGAAAAAAGAGAACAAAGAAUAAAGCAAUAUUGAUGGCUAAGAAAUAACAAUAAUUUUAAGAAGGAAAAAUUGCAAGGAAGGUCAUUUUAAGUGGUCGACCUUGUAAGAAAGGUCCUUUUAAAAAAAAGGUGGCACAGAAGGUCCUUUUAUGGCGUUUUGGUUGUGAGGAGGGUCCUUUGACCAAAAUCCAGCGUUGACCCCGUUUUCCAGCCAAAAAAAGUCACGUGCACGUGACCACUUAAAUCAGCCUUUUUUUUUUUCUUUUUUUUUUUCUUUUCUUUCCUCUUCAUCUUCUUCCUCCCUUUCAAUUCCACACCUCCAUGAAUGGCAUUUCCGGCCACACAUUCGCCCACCACACCUCCACCUCCGGCAACAAGGAACCCCAUCCCUUUCCCCCUCCCUUUCAAAUCAUUCAUUACAAUGUUACAAUUGGUGCUCUAUAUGCAUUUUCAUUGUGGCUUUCGAAUUACAUCUAUUUGAGUGUUUCAUUCAUUCAAAUGUUGAAGGCUUUGAUGCAUGUUGCUGUGUAUUCAAUUGGAGUCAUGUUUCGAGGCGAAACGAUGGCGAAUAUGAUGUCGAUUUCAUUUAGGGUUGCAAUUGAUGCUUAUGGUGAGGCGAAAUUUGAUGCUUGGGGUGUAACCCUACAAUUGGGGGCAGUUGCAUUUGAAGCUACUAGAUUGGUAAUGAUUCAGAUCUUAUUAACUUCAAAGGGUAUUAGUUUUAAUCCGAUUACAUCGCUUUAUUAUGUUGCUCCUUGUUGUUUGGUGUUUCUAUCAAUUCCUUGGAUGAUUGUAGAGUAUCCAAUUCUAAGGGAUUCGUUGAGUUUUCAUCUAGAUUGGUUUAUAUUUGGGACGAAUUCUGUUUGUGCUUUUGCUUUGAAUCUUGCUGUGUUCUUGCUUGUUGGGAAGACAUCGGCUUUGACUAUGAAUGUUGUUGGGGUUGUUAAAGAUUGGUUGUUGAUUGCAUUUUCGUGGUCUGUGAUUAAGGGUAUUGUUACCCCUAUCGAUUUGUUUGGGUAUGGGUUGGCAUUUGUGGGUGUUGGGUACUACAAUCACUCUAAGUUGCAAGCAUUGAAGGGAGGAAGAAGAUGAAGAGGAAAGAAAAGAAAAAAAAAAAGGCUGAUUUAAGUGGUCACGUGCACGGCACGUGACUUUUUUUGGCCGGAAAACGGAGGUCAACGUCGGAGUUUGGUCAAAGGACCCUCCUCACAACCAAAACGCCAAAGGACCUUCUGUGCCACCUUUUUUUUAAAAAGACCUUUCUCACAAGGUCGACUACUUAAAAGGACCUUCCUUGCAAUUUUUCCUUUUAAGAAAAUGGAAAGAAACAAAAUCAAGAAUGAUGAAAGAAGUAAUCUAUGACAUUGGUACAAAGAUCUGCAAGAACUAAGCACUAGUUAGCAAUAGCCUAUGAAUUAUGACUGGUAAUAAGAAAAGACGACAGUUGUGAGACUCAUGAUGCAAUCCAGGUGUUGGCAUGAAUUAGAAGAGAC